CCGGCAGCCCCCGACGCCCCGCCGGCCAGCAUGACGGUCACGCUGGGCUUGGAGGAAGGGCUCCGCGACUCCCCCCGCUUCAGGGCCGCCGUUGAGACUGUGGAACUAGAAGUAUCGGUUUUGGAAACUCAGUUGGAAAAGUUGCUGAAGCUGGGUGGCACCAUGCUGGAAUCCGGGCGCCAAUUCUGCAGCCACAGCAAAAGUUUUGCCUCGGGGAUCCAGGAGCUUUCCCAGAAUUCCUCGGGGGACACGUUGAUGAGCGAGUGCCUGGAAAAGUUUUCCCAAAGUUUGAGCAGAAUGAUGGAACAGCAAGAGGAACUCCUGGAGACCGCGCAACAGUCGCUCAAGCUGCAGCUGCAAACUCUGGUGAAGGAGGACAUUAAGCAGUUCAAAGAAACCAGGAAGGAAUUCGAGCGGGGCAGCGAAAGUCUCGGCAGCGCCUUGCACCAUAACGCCGAGGUGCCCCGUCGGCGCCAACACGAUGCCGAAGACGCCAUGGUCACCCUCAAAGCAGCCCGCACCACCUUCCGUAACCGAGCCCUCGACUACGUGCUGCAGAUCAAUGUGAUUCAAUCCAAGAAGAAAUUUGAGAUCCUCAAAUUCGUCUUGUCCUUCAUGGAGGCCCAGUCCGUCUUCCUGGAACAGGGGUCUCGGGCGUCCAAAGAGCUGGAGGAAUAUCGCAAAAGCCUAGCUGCUCAGCUGCACGAACUGGUCCUGGAAUCGGCCCGAGAGAAGAGGGACAUGGAGCAGAGACACGCCGCCAUAAAACAGAAGGAUUUGAGCCAAGACGACGAUGUCCCGGAAAUCCAGGCCGAACCCGGCCAGGUGGUGACGGAAGGAUAUCUAUACAAACGGGCCAGCAACGCCUUCAAGACCUGGAGCAGGCGCUGGUUCUCCAUCCAGAAUAACCAGCUGGUGUAUCAGAAGAAGGCCAAGGAUGUGGUGACGGUGGUAGUGGAAGAUCUCCGUCUCUGUACGGUCAAGCCGUGUCCGGAUCACGAGCGCCGCUUCUGUUUCGAGGUGGUCUCCCCCUCCAAGGCGUGCCUCCUGCAGGCCGAUUCAGAGCAUCACCUACAGGCCUGGAUGUGCGCCGUCCAAAACAGCAUCGCCUCGGCGUACAACGAGGACCGGCCAGAAUCCCCUGGGCAGCACCUGGAGCGGAGCGCAUCCAUGACGGCGGCCACCUUGCAGUCCCCCUCCAGCCGCAAACUGCGUGGCGGGGUGGACAAACAUGUAGUGGAUCAGGUGCAGCGCCUGGAGGGCAACGCUCAGUGCUGCGACUGCCGGGAGGCGGCACCCGAGUGGGCCAGCAUCAACCUGGGCAUCACCCUUUGCAUCGAGUGCUCCGGCAUCCACAGGAGUCUGGGGGUGCAUUUCUCCAAGGUGAGGUCCCUCACGCUGGAUGCCUGGGAGCCCGAGCUGGUCAAGCUGAUGACCGUCUUGGGCAACCGGGUGAUCAAUCAGAUCUACGAGGCCAGGGUGGAGGAAAUGAACAUGAAACGCCCCCAACCCGGAAGUUCCAGAUCCGAGAAGGAAGCCUGGAUCCGAGCCAAAUACGUGGAAAGGAAAUUUAUCACCAAGUUCCCCAACCCCGGGGCGCCCCCGACCCGCAGCAGCAGAGAGCCCGGCGGGCAGGAGAGAUCCCCGCGGCCGUUUCCCAAGCCCAAGCCGCCGGGCCACAUCCGCCGGGGCCCAGGGCUCCGCGAGGGGGUCUCCCCGAGCCGGGCUGCUCCAGCCUCCGAGGACCUGCGCCAUUUGCACCCAGGAGCCCUGCUCUACCGCGCGGCCGCAGCACCCCCUAGCUUGCCCACCAUGUCGGACGCUCUGGCUCACGGGGCGGACGUUAACUGGGUCAACACGGCCCAGGAAAGCCGGACCCCGUUGCUCCAGGCCGUGGCUGCCAAUUCGCUGCUGGCGUGUGAAUUUUUGCUUCAAAACGGGGCCAACGUUAACCAGAGCGACUCCAAAGGCCGGGGACCUUUGCACCACGCCACCAUCCUGGGCCACACCGGGCUGGCCUGCCUGUUUCUGAAACGGGGUGCCAACAUGAAUGCGGUCGACGGGGAAGGCAAGGACCCCCUUGGCAUCGCCAUCGAUUCGGCCAACGCUGAUAUUGUGACCCUGUUGCGACUGGCCAAGAUGCGGGAAGCUGAGCUGGCCUUGGGCCAGUCAGGCGAUGAAACCUAUCUGGACAUUUUCCAAGAUUUCUCCUUCAUGGCAUCCAACGAUCCGGAGAAGCUGGCCAGGAAGACCUACGACCUCAAACUCACCACCUUGUGAAGUUCGGGAGAAGCUUCCCCAAAAGAAGGAAAAUCCACCAGGAACGUGGGUCUUUUUCCUUCGGCCAGGACCGACGGGGUGGCUGGACUGUCCAAAAAUCAAAUUAAGUUACAGGUGGACUCAGGAUGCCCAAGGGGGACCUAGUUUUGUGCACGGUUCCCCCAAAUUCUCUUCCCACCCCGGUUGGCUUUGGGGUGAAUUUGGCAAGAAAAAAAGCCAGGACAGCGAAGAUCAGAACAUUUCUUCAUUUUGGACCUUUCUGGAUUUUUGUUUUUUUUUUUUCCUUCUGAUCUUCCUUUUUUUUUUUUUUUAAUUUAUUGCUUUUGGACUGUCUUAUCGUCUCCGGAUGAUUCUAAGGGACAGUUUAUGGAAUCGAUGUGCACCCCAAAUCGAAUUUUUUUUUUUGUUUUUUCUCCUGUGUCUGGAAACGUGUCGGUUUUCUGGAGAGGGGAACGUGGGGUGUUUUUGGAAGCUGGGAAAGCUGCGGAUUUUAUUUGGGAAUUAAACACGGCUCUCCAGAGCGCACGAA